UCUCACCAAACACCAAUGAACGCCGGCCUCCGAGAUACUAAUUCGAGCAGAAAAUCCUCACAAAAUAUAUCCCCAAGAAAAGAUUCUGAUAUUCCUCAGCACCAACUCUCCCCUGUAAAGUGUAAAUCCAUCUUCCAUCCUCCACUCUCUAGGGUUUAUCAGAACCCCACUAAAAAUGUCAACUUUUCUGUGCCCUCUCGGACCUAAACCCAUAUUUCACCCAUACCCAUCUCGAACUCGGACCCUUCAAAGGCCCCUCUUUCACCGAACCAAUUUUCCCCGCCAAAACGGUCUUCUUGUGGUGCCUAAAUUUGGGUUCUUGAACUCGGGUCAAUUACCCGACCCAGAAAUAUUUGAGGGUACUCUUAAGGAGCUGUUUGGAAGAGCUGAAGGAAUUCUCUACACCAUUGCUGAUGCUGCUGUUUCUACCUCUGAUGUUGUUGAUGCUUCUACCACUGCUACCAAACAGAACAACGGUGAUUGGCUCUCUGGGAUUACUGCUACCAUGGAAACUGUUCUUAAGGUGUUGAAAGAUGGGUUGUCGACGGUACACGCGCCGUAUGCUUAUGGAUUUGCUAUCAUAUUGCUCACUGUAUUGGUUAAGGCCGCCACAUUUCCUUUGUCCAAAAAACAGGUCGAGUCUGCCAUGGCUAUGCGUUCUUUGCAACCUCAGAUAAAGGCUAUCCAGAAGCGAUAUGCUGGAGAUCAGGAAAGAAUGCAACUUGAGACAGCACGGCUGUAUAAACUUGCUGGCAUAAAUCCACUAGCAGGUUGUCUGCCGACGUUGGCAACAAUACCUGUGUGGAUAGGUCUCUACAGAGCGCUUUCAAAUGUUGCUAAUGAGGGACUUCUGACGGAGGGUUUUUUCUGGAUACCCUCACUUGCUGGUCCUACUACUAUUGCUUCCCGGCAAAAUGGAAGUGGUAUCUCUUGGCUUUUCCCUUUCAUUGAUGGUCAUCCACCUCUUGGGUGGUCGGAUACAGCUGCAUAUCUUGUUCUGCCAGUGUUAUUGGUUGUUUCACAGUACAUAUCAGUCCAGAUUAUGCAGUCAUCUCAGCCAAAUGAUCCAAACCUAAAGGGUUCACAGGCAUUGACAAAGCUCCUUCCUUUGAUGAUUGGUUAUUUUGCACUUUCAGUGCCUUCUGGUCUAAGCCUUUAUUGGUUUACUAAUAAUAUCUUAAGCACACUUCAGCAAGUGUAUCUUCAGAAGGGAGGUGCAAAUAAUCCGUUAGGGAAAUUGAGUGAUGAUUUUUUCAAAGAAGAGGAAACACCACUUCCAAAAUCUGUCGUCGAAACAAAAUCUAGCAUUGAAACAAAAUCUAUUGUUGAAACAAAAUCUGUCGAAACAGAGGAAAAAUUGCCUUCCCCAGGUCUACGACCAGGAGAAAGGUUCAAGCAGCUAAAAGAAGAAGAAGCUAAAAGAAAGCGCCAGAUGGAAGAGGAGAAGAUGAAAAGUGAAGUAGCUGCAGCAAAUAAGAAUGCUGUUCAGCUGGUUGAAAGUGGAACAGAUCAGCAUGCUACUGCUAGUGUUGACGCCUCUACUGAUGGAACUGCUACAAAUGGGCGUAUUGAUGGUUGUUCUAAGGAACAUCAAGAUGCCACAGAAGUAACAAGUGAAAAUGGUAGGCCAAUCAAUGGUACCGCUGAUGGAACUGCUGGGGAAGAUUCGGAGGAUAUAAACCAGGAAGUUGUUGAAGUCCACACUAGGUUACCUUCCGUGGAUCGAAGUUCUGAAGCGGAGACAUCUUAAAUAUUAAUCAGAGAGCAAUAGAAGCUGGUGCAUCAUAUGAGCGAAAGCCCUAGAAAGACGGCGAGUCUUUUGUUACCAACUAAGUUAUAUAUACUUGGAGCAUGUUAAAGCUCACAUACGCUCGCUCAGGAUUGAUAUCAUGCAUUCUCUCUCCUCUCCUAGAUGCAGUUUAGGCAAACGACAAGGUAUCCAGAAGUCUCUAAGCUUUCGGAUCGUUGCACAAAUUGCCGGAACAAACAGUUUUGAUGGGUUUAUGAUCUUUGUGAAUUGAGAAUGUAUUGAUUGUAGUCUUAGCAAGGAGAAAGUUACUCUUGAAUGAGAUUCAGGGGUAAGAUUUUAUAAUCCUCUUCCCAAAGUUUAUCCAACUCUCUCGGCCUUGUUACGAGUUUCAGAUAGUUCUUAGGGGGUUAUGUAUCAUAUCUUACACAAAAUUGUAAAUGAGUUGAAAUAUUUUUAAUGUUAUAAAGAAUGUGAGGUGAACCAGUCAUGUACUCAUGUGCUCAUUUGUCAUACAUUUAUAAAGUAGUUUACGUUUGUUACA